GGUGUUCAAACCCUAUAAUAGGUGUUACAAAAGUAGGCAUCAGCUGACGCAGGAAUCAGAUAUAAUUACAUAGGUUCUGAGUCAUACACCAGCAUGUUUCCUCAAAUAGCCUAUGAAGUGCCUAUCCCAGUUGAGGGCAACUGUACCUGUAUUUCCCCCCAGGGGUCCAGCAAGGGUAUCCACUCUCAGACUUCCUGUUCCCCAGCUGUUGCCUCUCUGAGGUGCAGAACUGCAACUUAUUCUCUUCUGACCAGGUUGGUGUAUCCUUAUGACUUCAGACUGACAGAAAAAGAGAAAACCAACAUUUGCUACUUGUCCUUCCCAGACUCCUACUCAGGCGGCUUAGGAGAUACUCAGUUUAGCUUCCGUCUCCGUCAGUCUGGGGGGCAGAGGAACACGCGUUUUGGGGAGGAUGGUGAAUAUAACACAGAAGCCCCGCUAACAUUACAGCGGGAGUCAGCUCAUUACUUCGGCUAUGUGUACUUCAGGCAAGUGAAGGACAGCUCAAUGAAGAGAGGUUACUUCCAGAAGUCUCUAGUGCUGGUGUCACGCUUGCCUUAUGUGAACCUCUUCCAGUCUCUGCUGCAGCUGAUUGCUCCCGAGUACUUUGACAAGCUAGAGCCAUGCCUGGAGGCAGUGUGCAAUGAGAUUGAUCAGUGGCUGCCUCCUGUUCCAGGACAGACUCUGAACCUUCCAGUGAUGGGAAUUGUCAUUCAGGUGAGAAUCCCAUCCAGAGUGGACAAACCCGGAUCAAGCCCUUUGAAGCAGAUCAAUCAAGAGAACUUGUUACCGGCCCCGUUAGUUCUCCCCAGUGUGUAUGAACUGGAUCUUUUCAGAUGCUUCCAGCCAGUGCUAAUUCACAUCCAGAUGCUGUGGGAGCUGAUGCUACUGGGGGAGCCAGUAGUUGUAAUGGCGCCAUCCCCUGCCAUUUCCUCAGAAAUGGUGCUGGCACUUACCAGGCCUGCGCCCCUCCCCUGUCAGAGCUCCGCGAAGUGUCUUGACAGCAGAUGUCAGCCAUGUGGCCAGGAAAUGUCAUCAAUGGGAGACAGAGAAACUGGCUUGACCGGUUUUCACUUUUGCAUGUCAACACUUUCGGCGCCAAACCUGCCCUGUGUCGACAGAGCCUUAGAUACCUUCUCCUGUAACACAGACCAGCCCCAAUGCGGAUAUGGUCACAGCAGAGGCCACCGGAACGAUCUAAAUUGGCUGCAGUUGUCCCUCAGUUUAAAGUUUUGCCAUUGUCCAUGUUUUGCAGUGUGCAAUGAGAUUGAUCAGUGGCUGCCUCCUGUUCCAGGACAGACUCUGAACCUUCCAGUGAUGGGAAUUGUCAUUCAGGUGAGAAUCCCAUCCAGAGUGGACAAACCCGGAUCAAGCCCUUUGAAGCAGAUCAAUCAAGAGAACUUGUUACCGGCCCCGUUAGUUCUCCCCAGUGUGUAUGAACUGGAUCUUUUCAGAUGCUUCCAGCCAGUGCUAAUUCACAUCCAGAUGCUGUGGGAGCUGAUGCUACUGGGGGAGCCAGUAGUUGUAAUGGCGCCAUCCCCUGCCAUUUCCUCAGAAAUGGUGCUGGCACUUACCAGCUGUCUCGCCCCUCUGAAGUACUGCUGUGACUACCGCCCGUAUUUCACUAUCCACGACAGUGAGUUCAAGGAGUACACCACCAGGACGCAAGCCCCGCCGAACGUCGUUGUGGGUGUCACAAAUCCUUUCUUUAUCAAAACGCUCCAGCACUGGCCUCACCUCCUUCGGAUCGGGGAGCUCAAAAUGUCAGGUGACUUCCCCAAACAAGUCAAGGUGAAGAAACUAACCAAACUGAAACCUCUGGACACUAAGCCGGGAAUCUAUACCUCGUACAAGACGUUUCUGCACAAAGACAAAACGCUGAUAAAGAGGCUGUUGAAGGGGAUUCAGAGGAAGCGCCCAUCUGAAGUCCAAAGUGCCCUUCUGCGGCGCCACCUGCUGGAGCUCACCCAGAGUUUCAUUAUCCCCCUGGAGCAUUACAUUGCGAGUCUGAUGCCUCUGCAGAAGGCCAUCACUCCGUGGAAGAAUCCUCCCCAGAUCCGCCCUUUUCGCCAGGAGGAUUUCAUGAAGACCCUGGAACAUGCAGGUCCCCAGCUCACCUGUGUGCUGAGGGGUGACUGGCUAGGCCUGUACAGGCGUUUCUUCAGGUCCCCCAACUUCGAUGGCUGGUACCGUCAGAGGCACAAGGAAAUGACCCAGAAGCUGGAGGCCCUGCACCUGGAGGCGAUCUGCGAGGCGGACAUCGUGGCCUGGAUGAAGGACAAGUCCGAGGUGGAGAUCGUAGACCUGGUUCUGAAACUUCGCGAGAAGCUCGUCCGAGCCAGGUGCCAUCACCUGCCCGUGAAGGAGGAGACGCUGCAGCGAGGGGGCCUGUACAUUGAGACCAUCAUCGGCUCCCUCCCUGAGGAUCUCCAGGCCGUGCUGCACCACCCCUGAGCCGCGGCCCAGCACCAGGACUGCUGGGAGAGGAAGGCCUCCCCCCACCCCCCAGUCCCAGCAUCUCCCCCAGGCCUGCAGGGGGCUGCAGGCAGGUUCAAGGGAGAAACUGGGGCCUAGCCCCAGCCCCCCACUGACCUGGCUUCUGCUGGGCAGCAGGAGGGGGGUGAGCUCUGAGCCAGGAGUGGAACCGAGGCCGGGCGGGUGAACUGCUGCUGUGCAGAGCUGCAGGGGGGGGGAGCAUGGUGGCUGUCCGCGCGGCAGAGAGAGGCAGCUGGAGACCGGGCCCGUCUGCCAGGCUAAGCCGAACACACACUGCCAGCCCUGUCCUCGCACCACGCUAGGGCCGCUGCUACCUACACGCCAUCAGGCCUGCUUGUCCCGGUCACAGCUGAGACAGGAGCACUCCGUGCAGGUACGGAGCCUGCAGCUCUUGCUGAUCUUGUGAGUCCCAGCCCCUCCUCCCUGGGGACGUGGACGGUCCCCCCACAGGCUGACCCAUUGCGGGAAGAGCUGUGGCUGGGCACGCGGCAGGCAGAUAAAGGGGAGCAGCAGUGACCGUAACGGCUGCAGCGGGAAUGGCCCCCUCCAGGGUGGGGGGCUGUGUGUGUGUCUGGCAGACUGGAGCUCUGCCUGGGUGAGAGAGCUGGGAGCAUCCCCUGGCCGUGAGGGAUCUGGCCAGAGCGGCUCUGCGCUGCCGAUUCUCAGCCCUGGCCGGACAGGUGUCCUGCGCGCUGCGUACGGGGAGUGGGGCUGGGGUGGUGGCGGGGGGAGGGGUGUUCUGUAGUAAUCUCUGCCCUCCGGGGGGUUGUUUCUUAUUUCCACGGAGGAGUCAGUAAAGCACAAAUGUCUGAA